UGGUGUGGGAGCGGCGUUGUGCUGGAAUAAAAAGACAAAGGCCGGGAUGUUUAAAUUCGGGAGCCUAAAUUUAGGCUCCUGAAUCCAUAUUCAGGCACCUGGGUAAGUGGCCUAUUAUCAAAAGUUCUGGGCACUCAGAACUGAAAUCCAGCAACGCCCGCUCGGGACCUGUAAAAACCAGGAUUCUUAUUCAGGAUAUGACUUGAGGAGGCGAACUUUAGGAUGGUAUUUUUAAAAAUCACGUCUUGCGCGUUACAUCCGAGUCUUGAGGUUCCGCCUGGAGGGAGCGCGCAAAGGGGAAAUCGGUGCAAAAUGGACUACAGCUGCUGCUGAAAUGUCCCCAUUUGCGCUUCUCGCCUGACAGGCUGCAGGAUAACGUCCGUGUUUUGCUCCAGGUUGUUCCAUUCUCCCAGAGGGCAGGAAAAGGGAAUGGCUGCAGCAAAGGCAGUGACCUUCGAGGAGGUGGCUGUGUAUUUCACCGCGGAAGAGUGGGCUCUGCUGGACCCCGCUCAGAGAGCCCUCUACAGGGACGUCAUGCGGGAGAAUUAUGAGAAUGUGACCUGGCUGGGAUUUCCCAUCCCUAAACCUGACCUGAUCUCCCACAUGGAGCGAGGGGAACAGCUGUGGAUGCACCAAGCAGGUGAUGGGACGGCCAGUGAGAACGAGGAGGAGAAUCCCCAGCAGAGAGGCCCUGAGUUGGCAGAACCACACGGGAUGUUCUCAGGAAGGUCCCAGGGGAACGUUUGCCAGGGAGAGGCUAGCGAGCGUCAGGGCAGGUCGGAGGAGCAGUGGGGAAACCUGCCCGUGCAGAGAGAGGGUAAAUCCUCUCCUGAAGAGGGAUGUUUCAAGAAACUCAAACAGCUCCUGGACCUUAAGGGGAAGCAGAACAGAGGGACGGGAAAUGCAGGCGCUGAAUGUGGGCAGGGCUCACGGGAGAUGCUCUGUGCGGGAACCCCCCGGGAAGACGCAUGCCACAGAUGUGGGGGAAGCCUCCAGCAGAGCUCGGUGCCUCCAGAACAUCCGAGCAGGACCGCCCAUCGAUGUCUCCACUGUGGGAAAAGCUUCCGCUGGAGAUCACAUCUUCUGAGACAUCAGACGGUGCACAAGGGUGGGAAAAGCUCCAGCCCCAGCGCAGCCCGCGCCAUCCAGCAGAGAAUCCUCUCGGGGCAGAAACCCUGCCAGUGCCCCAACUGCGGGAGACGCUUUGAGCGGAGGUCGACCCUCAUGGCACAUCAGAGGCUCCACACAGGAGAGAGACCCUACAAAUGCCCCGAAUGCGGGAAAGGCUUCAUGCAGCAGUCACAUCUGACGCGGCACCGGGGGAUCCACGCUGGGGUCAAGCCCUGUGUCUGUGCUGACUGCGGGAAGAGCUUCGUCAAGACCUGGAACCUGACCAAACACCAGCCCUGCCACUUGGGGCAGAGACCCCGUCAAAGUGUUGAGGGUAGGGGAAGCGUCCGUCUGCGCUCACACCUGUCUCACCAGGAGGGAGCUGACGGCACAGCCCUGCUAGAGCACGUCACAGCAGAGAGACCCUACCGCUGCCUCGACUGCGGCAGGAUGUUUAGCCAGAGCACGGACCUGCUGGUCCACCAGAGUAACCACAUGGGUGAGCAACCCUACCUGUGUCCCGACUGCGGGAAGGGCUUCAGCCGGCGCUCCAGCCUCACGGCUCACCGGAGAGUCCACACGGGCGAGCGUCCCUACCCGUGUCCUGACUGCGGGAAGGGCUUCAGACGGCGCUCCAGCCUCACGGCUCACCGGAGAGUCCACACGGGCGAGCGUCCCUACCCGUGUCCCGACUGCGGGAAGGGCUUCACAACCAAAACGGCCCUGAGCACUCACCACCGGAGCCACACGGGCGAGAGACCCUACAAAUGCGCCGAGUGUGGGAAGAGCUUCAGCCAGAAGGUGCAUCUGGUGCAGCAUGAGAGGACCCACCUGCAAGGCAGACCCUACAAAUGCACUAAGUGUGGGAAAAACUUCAGCCAGAAUGCCUACCUGGCCAAGCACAGCCGGAUCCACUGCGGGGAACGGCCCUGCGUCUGCAUGUACUGCGGGAAGGACUUCGGCGAUGCCUCUGCCCUGCUCCAACACCAGCGCACGCACACGGGGGAGAGGCCCUACCAGUGCACCGAGUGCGGGAAAAGCUUCAGACGGCGGGCGCACCUGAUUCAGCACCAGAGGACGCACUCUGGGGAAAAGCCCUACGUCUGUGCUGACUGCGGGAGACGAUUCACAGAGAGCUCCACCUUGAUCAAGCACCGGCGGAUCCACACCGGGGAGAGACCCUACAAAUGCGAGGCGUGUGGGAAAAGCUUCCGCCAGCACUCCAAUCUGGCCCAGCAUGCCUGGGUCCACUCAGGAGAGAGACCCAGCCUAGACCACAGGGGCAGCCUUAUGGAUGGCAUGGCCCCGCUGGAGUGCCACGCAGCAGAGAGACCCUACCGCUGCCUUGACUGUGGAAGGACUUUCAGCCGGAGCACGGACCUGCUGGCCCACCAGAGUAACCAAACGGGUGAGCAGCCUUACAAGUGCCCGGUCUGCGGGAAGGGCUUCUGUGUUCGCUUCAACCUGAUGGUGCACCGGAGAGUCCACACGGGCGAGCGACCCUACACAUGCCCCGACUGCGGGAAGGGCUUCAGCCAGAACUCCAGCCUCACGGCUCACCAGAGAGUCCACACGGGCGAGCGACCCUACCCAUGUCCUGACUGCGGGAAGCGCUUCAGCUGGAGCUCCCACCUCAAAUCGCACCGGAGAGUCCACACGGGCAAGCGACCCUACCCAUGUCCCGACUGCGGGAAGGGCUUCAGCCGGAGCUCCCACCUCAAAUCGCACCGGAGAGUCCACACGGGCGAGCGACCCUACCCGUGUCCCGACUGCGGGAAGGGCUUCAGCCGGAGGUCCAAUCUCACAGCUCACCAGAGAGUCCACACUGGGCCAGCUGAUUAAGGGCUGGGCAAUACCCUUGGAUACAGGUGAGACAAUUACGGCGACGACCUAUGAAAUCCCGGACAAACCUUCCUGAAUUUCGGUUUAACACCUCCGGGGUUCAUGCAAAUGGAGUUAAAAAUGCAAAUGUUUCUGUGCUACAGUGGAUUGUUUGGAAUCCAUUGUCAAGGAGACAGGAUUAAUACAACUGCUGGGACGUACGCGGCACUUGGAAGGAACUUUUUGCAAUGGGUGUAAAGUGGAUUUUCUAGGAAAUCCCUGUGGGUGAGGGGAAUGCACGCCACCCUUUGGAUGGUAAGCCCUGGGGAGAGAAACCAGUUGUCUGCUAAUUACCUGCACCUGGAAACUCCCGCUCAGCAACCCCUGGACUGCAUAAAGGGUGAGCUAAACAUGUCAGAAGGGAGCUGAAGCUAUGAUGAGCUUGAAGGCACGAGACCCCUUUGGUGGGGCUCUGAAGGCCUUCUCCUACCAGAGCCCACAUGAGGGUCGGGGUCAAAUCUGGAGAGCUUAUUCGCAAGCGUGUAGGCUCUGUGAUUGGUUUGACUGUUUCCUCUGCAGUGGAAUAAAAUAGGCUUACACAGGAA